UAUAGGUCAACUCGGUGCACGAGAGAUUGUUUAGGUUCAUGCAAAAGGCGUCAAUCUGCACAUAGUAGCUAGAAAGUUGGGUAAAAUGAAACUAAACAUUGCUUGAUUACCAGGUUUUACACCCGAUGGAAGACAUGAAGAAACACGGGGAGCUAUGGAGAAUAGAUUCAGCGUUUUGAUCGAUAACGAGGAUCUCUCGCGAUUUUCAAACAGUUUCAACUCAGAAAGAUCUAAGACUCUGUUUGAAGAAAUUCGUGCCUCAAUAAAUAACAAUGAUGAAGAAGACCGCUCCUUCUGGAGGCCUGUGCUUCCUUGGGGUGGUGUCUUUACCAUCAAGGCAGGACGAAAGGCCAUAUCAUGCAUCCCUCUUUAUGUGGAAAUCCAGCUGAAAAACACCUGCACCAUUGACGGCUUCCUCAUGAUCCUGUACGUGAUUCUGCGGGACAACCGGGGUUUUCAUAGGGAGCUCGGUGUCUUCCUGGGCAAGCAGUUUGUGGAGCAUUUCCUCUACCUGAUGGACUCCUUUGACUACACCACAGUGAAGAUUCUGUGGAUCUGGAACAGGAUGUCUAAAAGACAGUACCGCUCAAAGAUCCACAAGGCAGCCCUGGAGAUCGACCUGUUUGGAAACGAGCACGAUAACUUCACAGAGAACCUGGAGAACCUCAUGUCUACCAGGCAGGAGAGCCUGUGCACCAACCGGAGCUGUCCGGCCCGUUUCCAGCUUUUCAUCAAGAGCACGGUCAACAUCAGCCCUCCCCAUGAACUUCCUCACAAAGAUCCAGUUCAGUCGGCUGUGGACGAGUUCUUCUGUCCCAAGCUCCUUCUUUGCCCAGAACAGGGGUGUGACGGCUUAAGGGAGUUGUCUCAGAGGGUUUUCUGCCAUGGCCCUCCACCUUUUGUUAUUCUCAACAUGCAGCAGUGGAGGUCAGAGGAACUGUCAUAUGUACCUUACCACCUGACUCUCUGUCAGCAAAGUUUUUUCUUCCUCAGAUACUUACUGGAGGGCGCCACGCUCUUCAACAAGGAGGAGCAUCACUACUCAGCAGCGUUCCAGAUAGACGGCUGCUGGAUGCACUACGACGGCCUAAGGAACGAUAACUUGGUCCUACUUCACAAGCCUCCAGAGUUCCUGCUGCUGUCCUCUCUGGUCUACAUUCGCGCCUCUCACAAGUGAUGUUUUUCCUGCCAUAGAUGGACAUGCAGUGCAGAUGGGUUUCACAAAGCAGAGAGCAGCAUCUUCUCUAGUGUCGGCAUUAUUUUUCUACAACUGUUCUUAUAUUGACGUUACAAUGCAUCCUUAGGUCAUGCUGAGUAUUAUUCCUUUGUCAAUUUUAAGACUCAAUCACGAACACCUGUAUGCUUUCUGUGCAAAUGAAAAACUCUUGAUUUUUGAGGUACUAUAAUGGUGCUGGGUUGAUGGGUAUUAAUGAUGAUGGAGAACGUGAUUCUUGGUGCAAGUCUUUUACAAAACAAGUUUGGAAACAGUUGAAACACCUUAAACAGUUGGUAAAUUUAUCGUGGAAUACCGCUGUAUAAUUAAUGGCUGUUUGGAAGAGAUGCGUUAUCACAUUUCCAGCUAAAGUAUCAUCUCCUGUGCUUUUUUCCACUUUAUAUUAAAGCAUUAUCUUUCUGUAAAAAAAGAAAAAGAAAAUAAUUAAACUGGUGCUUUUUCUAAUUCACACUGUGGUGAGGGAAAUUAACUACCAAACUGUAGCAAAGUGCAUGUGUGCAGGUUAAGACGUUAAAGUUGAGGGUGAGUGUUUUAUACAAAGUGUGAAUGUUAGAAUGGAAAGUUAUUAAAUGUAAAGAAUGAUUAAAGCAGCCUGUAAUUUGGUCUCUGAUACUAAAAGCUUAAACGUGACCAAACUGGCUUUUAUGGCAUGAAGCAGCAUUCCUGUGCUGAUAAACGCCCUCCACUUCAGCUUACUGUCCAGUCUUCUACAUAAAUGUCAUUUUUGUGAAGGUUGUUGAACUUUUCACAUAGUGCCUCUGCCAUAAAAAAGCUUUUACCUACAUCUGUUGAGUGUUGAUUGCGAGUAAGUUUUGGUCUGUUUCUUUUCUGUAGACAACUGUCCUUAAAAUGCAAAUACAAAUAUUUU